CUACUACUUAAAGUUGCAGAACUAAGUACAAGGUCUCUGCCGUCCGCUGUUUUUGUCAACAGAAUAUGAUCCAGCGCAAUAUUUUUAACAGCUUGUUGUAUUUCUACUAUCCUUCCUUUUUCUUUUUCUAGUUAGUUUGGCUCCACCCAUGUCUAUAAUGCAUGGAUCAAGAACUUGUAUGAUGGACGAGGAUGCACCCAGCCCUUUGCCUUCGGUCUUCCGAAUCGUGUUCGACUGGUCACUGAGUCCGUGCACCACCUUUACCGACUUCCAGUCACGAUUUGCAGUCGAUGUCGAUGCUAGAAGGUAUGCCCGUAAAACAACCAAGGAUAUCGAAGCCUACAUUGACCAGGAGUGGGAAGCGACGAAGCAGCAAAUUAAAUGCUGGAAUGGAACUAAAUUUCGGGUGCAUGCUUGCGUAGAAGAAGGUGGGCUUGGAGGGCCCAAGGCGCCAACAAAGUCAAAGUCGCCAAUUCUACAGAUAGGCAUUUCCGACUUCCGCUCCUUUGUGGGCACAACAUUGCGUGUGCUCGAUGGUUCUACGCCAAGUGUGGGAUGCUGCGUCUUCGCCGCGCAUCCGCCAGGAGCUGUUGAGGGAAGUUGUCGGAGGACAUUGGUUGAGAGAGUAAAGGGAGUCACGGAAGAACCUUCUAGGGUCCACGUCGAUAUUCGAGACUAUCUGAGUCAAUGCAUAGGGAAUGUCUUGCUUAUCGAAACUAGCGAUGGCUAUUGCGCAUCGCCUAAGCGGGGAGUUGAUACGCCAAAUCUACCCGGUUAUUACUCUUUUUCUGGUGGUUUCUACGAGCCAAAGGUGGUUGCGAAGGCAUUCCGAGAACGUGCUAAAGCAAAAGACGAAGAAGUGGGAGAUGCGCUGCCGCUGUUCGAGAACAUGUCUACAGAUGCAUCAGAAAGCGACGCUAAGACAACAACCUGCGAAGAACUGAGCGAAUCUGACAGAAAGUUGCUGCAUACCUGCAUUUACUUAAGACUAGUUCGUGACACUAAAAGUCUAAAUAUGAUGGUUCGACCUGUGCUGUUCGCGUCUUGGCUUCGUUCACGUUCACUAUCAGACCUUACCUCUAGUACGGGUGCUAGGAACAGCAUCAUCGAUCAGGGCAAAAAUUAUAUAUUCGACAUCUUCUAUAAACUAAACUUCUAUGCCACCUUAGCAGUUCUAAUCUAUGAAGAGUUGUGGUCCCUUCGUGAAAUUGAGGAGGAAACGGGCAUUUUGGAGCACAGCCACAUAGAGGAACAGCGAUGUCUCGGAUUGGCAGAGCGUGCGGAUGGAAUGAUGCUGUUCCUGUUCCACCUGAAGUUGCGUAUUUCGCGUGAAGAUGUGCAAAAACUGUACGAAGCGAAUCCACACGAGGACGCUGCAGAAAGUACGGGGUUGUUAUGGGCGCCGCUGUUCGAGUCGAAGACGAAGUCUUCAACAGCAGAAAACCCAGUUGUACACAUGAUCCCUUUUGUGGACAACAACAUCGGCGAGCAUAUGCUGUAUGAUCCGAGUGGUGUAGAACGCUACCUGAAGACGUCACCGUUUCCGGAAAAGGAGAAGACGUUAAGGCUGUGUACUGACCAGUAUUUUGGUCGAUAGUCUUGUCUGGCAAGUAGAAGUGGCAUCAUUCUCGUGUCAUUUUCUAGUUGUAUUCAAACUACUUACAUCGAACACCUCAAGAAUAGGUACAAUCAUCAUCAUCAUCAGCACGAGAUGUCUUUGCUCCUCUAAAAAACCUUGCGAGCAGUUGUGUUUACGCUAUGCUGCACCAGCUGUACAGAUCAAGACUGAACGAUGUGGAAACUUGACGCAUAUUCACGCGUUAUUCUGUAAGAACUCAAUGACACAGAUGGUUGGUCGACGCUGAGAGUCAUCCACCGUUGUAUUUUUUUAACAUGUGUUCCUGCCUGUGCCUCAUGAGUCAUCAUGAAGUUGUAGAUUACCUCAUUUAUUUUUGCAAGA